UUGCGCUGUCAGGCUAAAAGAGAGAGGGACGGGAGUGCAGCAUGUUGCGUCUGGUCUAUACAGAGGCAACCAAGUGAAUUGCGUCAGUGGCGUAUGCUGGGCAGGCUUGAAAUGCGCACAGGCGGAUGAAAGUAGUAGUAGGCGCACUGUGGGGAGAGAGGAAAAAGUUCUCAACAAGGAGAGGCAGGAUACUCACUUACGGAGCCCCUGCAGUCUCACUUUUUAUGCCUCUGAACGACUUUCCCUGCCAUCUUAUUGCGUUUUUGCUUUGCAGCACCGCUUUUACGUUUGCGAGAGAGAAAUCCUACUUUUUUACUUAAGUGAAAGCACCAGCACCAUGGAGCUGCUCUGCCUCGAAAUGGACACCAGCAUACGAGCUCGUCCCGAUCCGAACCUCCUGUGCGAUGACAGAGUCCUGCAGAGCUUGUUGACCAUAGAGGAGAGAUUUCUACCCCAAUAUUCAUAUUUCAAAGGCGUCCAGAAAGAUAUUCAGCCGUUUAUGAGGAGGAUGGUCGCUACUUGGAUGUUGGAGGUUUGUGAGGAGCAGAAGUGCGAGGAAGAAGUUUUCCCCUUGGCCAUGAACUACUUAGACAGAUUUUUAGCCGUGGUACCCACCAAAAAGUGCAACCUGCAGCUGCUGGGAGCAGUCUGUAUGUUUCUUGCAUCCAAAUUGAAAGACACUCGUCCAUUAACUGCAGAGAAGCUUUGCAUCUACACAGAUAACUCCAUCAGACCACAAGAGCUGCUGGAAUGGGAACUGGUGGUGUUGGGGAAGUUGAAGUGGAACUUGGCAGCAGUAACACCGAACGACUUCAUUGAGUACAUUGUGAGGAGGCUGCCGCUGCCCGAGGAUAAGCUGGCACUUAUACGCAAACAUGUCCAGACCUUCAUCGCCCUCUGUGCCACAGAUUUCGGAUUCGCCAUGUACCCUCCCUCCAUGAUUGCCACAGGAAGCGUGGGGGCAGCGAUCUGCGGCCUACAGCUGGAUUCAGCUGACCAGUCACAGUGGGGUGACAGCCUGACAGACCUGCUGGCCAAAAUCACAAAUACAGAAGUGGAUGUUCUGAAAGAGUGCCAGGAGCAGAUUGAACGCGUGUUGGUGAGCAGCCUGCGUGAGGGCCGGCAGCAGCAGCAGCAGCAGCAGCAGACACAGAGAGGCCCCAGUGGGAAAGGCCUGGAUGAGCUGGAUCAAUCCUCCACCCCGACAGACGUCCGCGAUGUCAACUUGUGAACCACCAGAGGGCAUCAUUGCACAGGAUUUACAAAAAAAAAAGCAUCAUGAAAAAAAACUCAAUUUUCUUAAAAGCAGAAAAAAAACAACAAAAGAACAAAAAAUGUUAAAAACACAAGCCCUUUGACAGAAAAAGAACAAUGCUUGCUAGUUUUUUUUGUAGAUUUUCUGUUCUUCAAGUCAAAAACACCUGCACACAAAAUAGAUUUUCUAUGAUGUUCUAGUCUAAAAACAACAAAUUUGAUACAACGAAACUCUGUGGUGCCUUGAAUAUACAGAAGGGAAGCCAAUCGUAUUUGCAUUCUGCCUCUGAUUGUAUAGUAUGAUCUUUAAGUUAUAUUUUAACCAUAGCUUGAUAAUGAGGCUGUUAUGUUAGAUAUUAUGGAAACCAUUCAGAAAAUUGCAUACAUGGGAUCACAGUGGGGCUUCAUUUUUUUCCCUCUGUUUUGUUAUAUAUGAGUAUUAUCACUAUUACAUUCGUGGCGGGUGUGAGAGAGGACACGUGUUCGAGCUCCUCAACCAUCACAAGGUCCAUGAGACAGACAGACAGGAAGCUGUGAGAACAUUGUGCUAAAAGUUGAUGGGUACCAAUUCCAGGCAAGAGUUGGAAUGAUAAUAAUUAUCAGUAGUAUUAGUAAUUAUUAUUAUUAUUAUUAAUAUUAUUGGACAUACUUUGGAACUGAAUAGUAGAGAUCAAUAAGCUCCUUUUGUCAGGCUGCUUGUGUGUGCGUUUGUGUGUUUGUGUGUGUGUGUGUGUGUGUGUGUGUGUGUGUGUGUGUGUGUGUGUGGAUGCUACAUGUGGUCCUGUAUCUAUAUUAGCAGUGUGCAUUGUGUGGUGUGAGGCACUUGAGCAAAGUCAAGUCAUAGACUUCCGGUUCUAUGUUAAAAGACUAUGGAGCAAGCCGAGGCUACACAUACUUUGUCCAUCAGUAUAACAGGGCAUCUACGCUAUAUCACUGCCUCCAUGCAUUAACAAUGUGUCAUGGUUCAUUUAUGGCCAACAAUAAACUCAUGCAUGGACUAUGAGUGAGACAGAAAAAAAUUUAGUGAAGGAGGAUGUGGGCGAAAGGACUUUCACUCAGAGCCUCUUAUCUUUCCCAGAGCAUUUUUAAUGAGGUAUUAUACCUCAAACUCAGAGGUCAUGUGAGGUGUUUGUUUAUUACUGCCAUUCUGUCAAUGAAAUAUUACAGAUUCUUCAUUCUUUUUCGCGUUGUUACGAUAUGGUGUUUCCUUAGUUGUGAAGGGCUGCCUUGAGUCUGGACAGAGUAGAAAUGAUCUGUCACACAUACAAGCUUGUGUAGCACAAAGGCAGGAGAGGAGGAUAUCCCGAAGAAAAUAAGGCCAUGCUUUUUAAAAUCUGGGAGAUGUUAGACUCCUCUGUGUUAACUAGCAGGAAGGGAACAGGGUGUGGCGUGGAAAGAUUUAGAAGACUGGGACAGUUUGCGACUAAGAAGUCGCUGUGGAUCCGUGGAAGGCACAUGAGCGCACAGCACGGGAUGGUAGGACAGAGAGGACUUUAGUGGUGCAGGAACAUGCUGCUGUGUAGGAGAAGGGGAGGAUUUACAGCCAGUGGCUGGAAGAUGAGAACGAACAAAAGACGCCCAAAGGCCUCAAGAUGAAACUUUGAUAUCUGCAUAUUUGGAUGGAAUCAACAUCAAUUUCUCAUAAUGGAUGUCUAUGAUGACACAGCUAAGUGAACAAAAAUGUUCUGGGUUUCCAUCUACAUGGAAAUAAAAUGAGGAACUAAGAUUGUACAGUACCAGAUCAUGUGAGCAUGAACUUUCUUUGGGGGUGGGGUGGGGAGUUGUUAGAGGAGUACAGAAUGAUUAUAUACAGUCAAUGCAUCUGGAGUCCCACAUAGGGUUGUUUUCAGCUCCCCUAUAUGAUUUCAAUGGCAAAGCACUUUGAGAACAUGCUCCCCAGGAGAUAAGUAAAAUGAAAUGCGUUGGGUGGUGAUUGGAGGUGAAUGGAUGUUUUCUUUUUUUUUUUUUUUCCUUGUUAACCUUUUCUUUGGUUUACUUUGUAGGGCUGGUUUCCCAAUCAUCAGACAUAGGCUUGUCAAGCAAGAAUCAAAUUAAAAAGGCUUUCCACAGCUUACAACGGGAGGACAUUCCAAUUAAAAAAAAUAAAUAAAAGUACAAAAAAGAAAACAUUCCUAUCCUAUAAAAGUGCAAGUUGAUGGGGAGUCUGACUUUGAAUUUGAAGAAAUAGACAAGGCCAAUAUGAAUUGAAAAAUGUCUACACAGAGUUCACUGAUCCGUGGGUUCUGUUUGAUUUUCUUCUAUAUUGUCAAGAGAUGAAAUAUUUGUUUUUACUUGAAUUUUUCUUCAUAUUUAUCUGCAGCACAGCCACAGGUAGUCACACAGGGCAGCAAUGAGCUACAAGAGUGGUCAUAACAUCCAAUGUUUGCACAUGUUCUUCGGAGGGCAGUGUGGUUUGCAUUUUGAAGACAGAGCAGAGCCUUUGUUGGAAACCACCCUAACUGAUGUGUGUUGCAGUGGUUGGUCAGUUUUCUAUGGUUCUGGAUUGUGUACUUCAGACCAGUUGUCUGUCAGUGAACACAUCUGUCCCCUGUGAGCUUUGCUGCUUCAAAUCAUUGGCAAGGGGGGCCUACAGCCAGACAGACACCAGCACAAAACAAUACACAGAUGAUGUUUGUUUCUUUUCGUUUUAGUGGGACACAUGACUUUGCCACAGUGAGGUGUCUUUGACUUAAUGCUUGAGUUUUUUUCAUGACGGUAUGUGACUUUGCUGCGUGUAUGUUUGUCAGACUGAAGAAAAAUGUGGGGAUCUGAUGUUUUAGUGAUGUUUUUCAGUAAAACUGGGCAAUUUAAUGACACAUUUGCCAAACAUCCCCCAUCUGAAUAUUUGAUAUGUCCCCUUCAUUUUGCCUCUAUUUGCCUGAUGAAAGCUCUCUCCCAAAAUUAAUGGUUGUUUUUUUUUUUCUUUCUUGCAAUGUAUUGUUGCAUGUGUUAUAUAUUGAGACCACCUUUUCAAUUUGUGUUUGAUAUAUUGUAUGGGGUGACCAGACCCGCAAAAGGGUUUUUCUAAGAUUUAGAGAUACUGUAUUCCAAAGUGAAGAGAGGACAGAGGAGGAGGUGUGAAGACAUCAAGAAAAAAGUGUCAAUAUUUUUUAUUGAGUUAUUGUCUUUUGCGCUGCUAAAAGCUAUGAAUUUGUUUCAUUUAUACAAAAAAAUAACAUUACCUAGUUGUGAUGUGUCACUUGAGUGUGCUGCUAUUUUAUAAACAUUUGUAUUAUAAUAUAAUUAUUUUACUGCUUAAGAGAUACAUUCAGAAAAACGAAGUAGAUGGUGAUAGAAGAACAUGAAAUGAAUAUUCGACUGGAAAUGUUCUUUGUACAGUUUGACAGUUUGCUUAGAUAGCAUGUCCCCCCACCACCUUUUUUUGUGUUUAUCAACUUUGCUCUCCCUCUUCAGUCACAUUCUGCAUCAGUGGUAUUUCCUAUACCUCAGGAUUACUGGACUAAAUAAAACAUAAACAAAUCCAUCACCUAUACCUCUGCAGUUAGGGAGCCUGGAACGGAGGAGAAGGAAUCGGGGGGGGGGGGGCAACGACAAAUUUGCAUUUUUGUGGAUGAUUCCCACUGUUUUAGUGGGGAAACAACUUGCUCAGUGAGAUGAGAAACAGGAAAAUAUGCAAGGCUUCCACUUGGACUUACCCUAUAUUGGGGGGGGGGGCACAACAACAUUGCAACCUUUUCUUGGGGGGUUUCUUAGAUAGUUCAAGCAUGUUCAUUUCUGUUCAUGUUGGUGCUACAUCUGACUUGUGUGUGAGAGAGGGGAAAACAGCAUUCCUAUGAUGGCCAAAGUACAGUUCUUGCUUUAUACAACCACAAUCACUUUGAAUGUCAGCAAAUAUGGAUCCUGUAUGUGAGAAAGAUACGUUUUGGUCUGAAAAAUGGUGUGUGCGCAACAUUUUAACUGCCACAUAAUAAUGUGUUGAGCUACACCUGUCAUGUCCAACCAUAAAUAUUCUGAUAUCUGGAAGUUUCAAUGGUGCAGAUUUCCCUUUGAGUUGCCCCCCUCCACUAUAACUCAUAUCAUGUACCUCAAAUGUCUGUUGCACAACCUCUGUUCAAUAAACAACUGCUUUAAAGGGUGUGACACCACAUCAGCUCACUA